CUACAGUUGUUCGUUGUUGAUCAAUGAAUUUCUAGCGGAAGAUUAUGGCCGUACUGUCGCGUGUAUAAACGGGAUACAAUUUUGGAAUGAAACGUAGUUAACUCUAGGAGUAUUUUAGCUUCAUCUUGGGAUAAAUAUGAUUUCAGUAGCUGCUAAUGCAUUCGAUGGAUUCGAUCAAACGACCCAAAAACGCAGUUUGAUAACAAGGGUAAGUUCAUGACAAGAUCUCGCUCAGUUAUUUAUAGUUUAGUUUCUAAAUAGGAAAGUCUUCAAAAAAUUGAUAACCAGGCAGAAAUGUCUCGUGGUGUUUCUUUCGCCCAUAACACUUAAGGACGGAUUACAGUGUUGUCGGGUUUGAAAAUGAUCUCGACAUAUUGACUUCGAAUAAAAAAGCUGCUAAAUUCAGUUCAUUCACAUGUCACCCACUGUGACAAAAUGCUGCACAGAAACAGAAUACAUUCGAUGUCCACAGAAACGAUUUGGCAACGGACCAAAACUCAAUGGCUGAUCUUUCAUUCUGGGAAGAUUAUAGGGAAUGCGACCGGGCAAAAAACCGGAAUAAUCUGGCGCGUGUUGGGGAACUAAGAAAAAUAAAUGCAUUAUUUUAUGAUUUUCAACUUGUUCUUAAAUGAACUAAUAAGAUGAAUAUACUGAAAUAUUCGAGGACAGAAGAUUCUGCCCGAAAGGGAUUUACCAGUGAUUAGUUGUCUGGUUAAAUUUUUUUAGGAGCGCUCAUAUAUCCUCCAGAAAAACGUGCGUCUAAAGAGGAAACAGGAAAUAGCUACAUUCUGGUUUAUCAAAUUUUGUGAAAUUCAGUGCACGAAAUGAGGCACAAAUAGUCAAUUGACAUCUAGCAUAGCCACAAAAUGCUACACCAAAUUCAUCAGGUAAACCAGGAAUAAAAAAAGCGAGGGAAAUGAUAAAAACGGAGUGGCGUUGAAUAUUUCAAAAUUUCAACACUCGUCAUGAAUAUAAACGUGCUUGACAGAUAUAGUGGCGAUUGUUUUCGACUAAAAUGUGGUCGCCUAAUUCUUAAUUUAUCAAAGGAAAAUAGCGAGUUCCAAAAAAAAAAAAAUGUUUUUGUAUGUAGAAGCGUGCAAUUCUUCUCCUGAUCAAAGAAAUACAUAAUUUACUUUCGCGUUAUAUUAUAUUUACGAUAUCUUAGAAUUUUGAAAAUGUAUUUGAACCAAAGGUCGCGCCGAACUUCGCUAUUGGCGGACGCGAUUAAAUUCAAAAUGGAGGGUAAAAUUUUGGGAUAUUACAGUUUACAGCGUUUUUCAUAAGAUAAGCUUUUUGCGGUCGCUUAAUCUAGUUUGUAAAUUGCGCAGUUAAAAAGCUACCUUUUAGAAAGAUAAAGCUUUAAUAAAGAGCUUCAGAAAAAUUUAACGUUUGACUCAAAGGUGGCUCACAAAAAUAAUACUUUAGAGAUCGAAAACUGACUACCAGAAUAUGUCUAAGGUCAGCAAAUAAUCCUAAAUCUGAAUCUCAGAUUAAAUGAGUAUCGAAUAUCUCUUCGAAUUACGACAUUCGUUUUUCAGCUGAUGAAAGAAAAUCGAUGCGUGCUCCGGUUGUGUUUUCCUACACGGGUGGAAUAAAAUUAAACUCGAUGUUUUGAGUUUCACACAAACCCAUGAAAGGGAGCCAGUUUCAACUCGACCAACCAGAAUAAAUUUCUUUAUUAGACGCCGCCACCUCCCAGCUGUGAACAUUCCUAAUUAUGAACUGAAGGGAAAAACAAUUUGGCAGUAUUUUGCAUUUAAAAUCUAAAGCACAGGUAAAUGAGUUGGGUCGACAAAGUAGCGCAGCGAGCCUUGGAUUAAAUUCAGUCUAGCAGGUGUUUUAAGUCAAUAAAUUGACGAGAUACGCUUCCUCUCCGACGGCUUCGCUGACACUCGGUGUUAAAAGCGCACACUGAAAGUUUAGUCAAUAAAGCUUACAUUUUCAACAUGUUUUAAGAUUCCUCUGGAAUGUUUACACAGGAGACGGCCCGACAGAAUGUAUUCGUUAACUUUUAGCGUCUUCGCCAGGGGGUCGCCAUACCAAACACAUUUCAGCAUCGCAUCGAGAGGAAUAUUUUCUCGAUUAGAUCUUGGUUCAAAACAUGUAAUCAAAAAAGAGGCAUGUUUUGUGACACAAAACUAGUUUUUUGUCGGGGAUUGGUUUGUUACACUUGUCAUUUUGGUUUAAUUUAUUCGAGAGGUUUCUAGGCAUAGUCCUUUUAUGUGAUAGCUAAGCAAUCCAUAUUGCCUACGUCACACAAACAGAGGAUCAAAUUAGGGAUGUUAAAACCUGCUGCUGAGUUUUUUUAAUGUAUUUCCAUAAAAAAAAACCCCACACACUCGAGGAAUCGACCGAAAGCAACUCGCUCUUAACAGUUAGCUAUGAGUGACGAGGAAUUUCGAGCAUUUACCAAACAUCGAAUCCAGGUUAGAUUGAAAGGUAGUUCUUUGAAAACCGACAGAAACUCAUUUGCUGUUUCUUUAACCAUAACUUAUUGAAAUUUUGUUGUCGCACGUCCCUAAAACAAAGCCAUUGGCACCCAAUGGUUUAAAAAGGGAUCUCUGACUUUGUAAUGGCGCGUCGGAAUUAACACUCUCACACGCUUACGGUUCAUACGCAACAUGCUUCUAGGAACCGAAUUUUACCAUUCAUUUGCCUAAAAGGAUUCAUUUUUUAAGAAUAGGCUUGAAUAUGGGCCUUAUAUUCCUCUCAAAAUGACGCUUAUCUGUAGAAAUUUCGUGGGAGGUGUUCAAAUUUCCUUUCUUUAGCUAUUUUUAGUUAGAUGCAUUAGUCUGAUGUAACCACAUCCUUGCUGAAUUUAAUUCAGUGAGCCAAAGGCAGAAUAUUGUAUUUCAAUUAGACAAUUGCAGACGCAUAGUACAUUUAAUUCAAGUUGAUAAACCGCAAAUGAAAAUAUAUCAAAGCCGUUAUUUCAGUUCUCUGAAUGCUUCUAUGGAAAAUUACUUCCAGCUAGGAGAUAAACAUUGUACUGAUUUCAGGUUUUUGUUAAAGCGUAAUUUGGUAACAAACAAAGAAGUUGCUUUUUUAACUCUGAUAAAUCUUAUCAUUUAGAAUCUUAGAAUAUUAAUCUAGGAAACAAAUGAUGUAUAUAUUUUAUUUUGUCUUAAAUAUGUGAUUUGAACGCUAUAGGGGAGUCAAAACGUGUUAACUUUUGGUGGCAUGUUUGUGCUCGUACUAAUUUACUUUUUAACCUUUCGUUGCUUUCGGCAAGUUUUCGACAGGAAACUCUUUGAUAAAUUCUAGGAGAAGUCUUGCAAAAGGGGGUGAACAACUUUUUCUACAUGUGGCUGGCGAUGGAGUAACAGGCGACUAUGCCUUAAGGUGAAAUCCAAACACGAGAGCGUGCUCGCUGGCUCAACAGACGGCAGUGAGAGGUCUUAUAGGCGGAGGUAGUCCGCUGAUAACCGACUUUGUAUGAAACCUCUGGUACAUCAUCGUUUUCCAGAAUUCAAAAAGUUACCUAAGCGCAAAACAAAUAUUUCGCAUCUAGCUGAAUUUCUAUGACUGUCUCUUCCAUGCAGUUAUUACAACAAUUUCAAAGAGAUAUUGAGCUUACAGCUAUGCAUAUAGAAGUUCCCUACCUAAAUUUUCAUCAUGAUGUACGGAUUGUACAGCUAAAAAGUUUUGCAUUACUUAUUAAACAAUCGCAUGUACAGUUCUGUGUGUUAUGCAGAUUCAUAUAUGCAAGCAUGUAAUUGCAAGAUUAUUCCUAGAAAUAAUCACAAUUGGUCUGCUUGCGCAAGAAGUCAUCAUCUCCCACGAAAUCUUGCCUGACAGCUUAUUCAUAAUUCAAUAGAAGGAAAUGUGAAUGGAAAAUUGCGAAACUUUAUAAUUAUGGCUCAUUAACAAAAGAACUAAACUACUUAACCUUGUUCUUAUUUUUGUCUUUUCAUUCUUGCACAACCACAUUUGGUUCGAAGUGGUGUUCGAGUGAAUUAACCUUACACAUACUAAGAGUUAUUCAUUUGUUCUAUUUCUUUCUACUUCUUCCCAUUCCUUUAACACAUUUUGACUUUUCUUUUACUCUCCUGCUAUCCACAACUUGUAGAAAAUAGGCAAAACAAUGAUCACUCAAAUUGACUAAGAAGAAACUUUUUUUUGUACUAACAAAACCAGACAGAAAUGUUACAUUAAAAUCGAUGCUCAUUUGGUCCCGGUAGUAUCAUAUCGACGAAAAACUGGAAGAAUGAACUGUUCACAGUGCAUGAUUAUGAAACAGGUGUUACCAUAAUUUUGUAUAGGUAUGCCGGCUGGUUUAGGAGUUCAGUUAAUAUAUUCAUUGUCAGGGGACUGUCAAGAUGCUUUAAAAUGACAACAAAAUGCCACGUUAUUAUCUGGGGUAUCACGUGUGUUGAGGCAAAAGUCAUGAAAAGCCACUGAUUGGCAUAAAAAAAUGGAGAACUUAGUUAUUGAGGGGUAAUUUUAAUGAGCUAUCACACAUAAAAUGAGAGUAAAAUAAUGCGUUUUAAUGGAGUGAAAAAUGAUUGAUAGUUAGCAUUGUAACACUUAUUACACAAAUGGUUCUUAUCCUUUGGAAUAGGUGCAUCGCUUUUAAUGGCUUAGUAUUACUUCAAUCUACUGUCAAAAUGUUUUUAAAUUAAAUGUUAAGAAUUCAAUGGCGAAAAGUUUGAAAGAAAAUAUUUGAAGCAAUUUUUAUAGCUCUCAAAAUGACCAAAUAAACCAAAAUAAACCAACUGUAGCUCCGCUUUUCGGCUUGGCAAAAUCUAUAUAUUAUUAAGCAUACCAACCCAAGAUUUUGAGUAGAAAAUGCAAUUUGUAUUUGGCUUUUAGGAAGCUAAGAAAAUUACUCGUCGAUUCGGUCCUGUUUUAGUCAUUGGAAUUAAAUACCUCCGACAAUGAGAGGAUAAAAAUAGUCUAUAUGCUGAAUAGCAAGUUUCCUUUCCUUGUUUUUGCCUAUGACAACGUGUAAUCAUGAAUUAUGCCAUGAAAAAAAAAAACAAAACAAACGUAUCUGUCCGAUGAAACACAAAGAGAUCCGAAGUAUUUCUCUGUGUCACUACAGACGCACAACGGAAAAUAGCGAAUGAAAGGUGACUAUUUCAGUUUUAUUUAUGUUGGCUAAUGAGUAAGGUUUGAGUGACCUCGGCCCAUGCUGUUAUCGAUACUAAGCUUUCGUCUUACUCCUUUACAAACGACGUUUAAUAUGGACUUAGAUGUUGUCGCUGGAAUUCAUAAAUUCAUUGGAAACGCCACCUUCACCACACAGGCAGCGUUUCGGCCGAGAAAUUUUUCAAAGGUAUUUCUGAACGUUAUUCUCCUUUUUUCCUCAAAGAAGUGAUUAAUAGUAGCUAUUUGAAAUACUUUCACUUAAUUAUUCAACUAACAGCGAUAAUAAACGACUCUAAAAAUGUUUCGCGCGCAAGUUUACGAUAAGCGUAGUUUCAGCAUGACACGUGUCCGGGAAACACUUUAGAUAAUGACAGUGACAAAAUUGUGUUUUGAGAAAUUCUAAAACUCUAUUUUUAAAUCGGGAAAUAGUUGAAAGCAAAACAAAGAGUAUGUUAGAAGAAAAAUAACAGUCCUAUUCAAACGAAUUGCGAGCGAUUUUGCCCCUGCAGACUUCUAACAGAACAACACAACUCCCUAAAAGAAACGACAAGCUGCGAACUAAAAGCCUCGACAUUUAUAACCGAUAACAGGUAGCUAUCAAUAAAAUUAAUUGAGUAAAAUAGAUAUCCUCGCUGAACUUUGUUUCCAGGGAGAUUUUACUAAUAACGAGCUUCGUGAUUCUACUUGCAAAACUGCUUGAUUAUCAAUUCAGAUCUUGUUUCUUGAAAAUUAGAACCACAACAUAGCAUUCCAACUAUUUAUGUUGUAAUUCGAAGCAAGUAUGCUGUAACCGUUAUAGAUUACGAUUUUUUUGAACGAUCAAUUCACUGUAGAGCGUGUUAUCUUUUGUCAGUUGGUUUUGAAAAUCUUAACUUUUUAUUGUCAAAUUUUACAUCCACAUUUUUUGCGUAAUUCUAUUCAUGAGAUUUUUUUCCACAAAAAUGUUUUUGUGAGACAGAAAAAUUAAUUUCCAUAAAUGUGUCGGGUUGUUGUUUAUCACAUAAACUUUCUUGACAACAAAAUGUCUCUCAAAAUAAGACAGUUAAUUAACGAAUUUUAGCAAUAUAUUCUAUCAACACGGGUAUAUUAGUUGAAUCUAACACAUAAACUGAGUGCAAGUUUUCAAACCUCUAAUCUUCUAAAAAAAACUUCGUGUACGUUAGAAGUCACUAAGGAAAAUUUUCUGCUUCAACUACUAAGAGAAUUUAAAGUCGAAUUUAUAAACCUCUCCGAUAUGUUUGAUUCAUUAAAUUUUUACACUGACCACACUACUUGGGGGAAUUAUGUUUAUCGUAUUUAGAAACAGUAGCUUGAAGAACACGUCAUUUACAAAUAUUGUUAGAAUUUCGCUGUGAAAGCCAUGGAAACAAAAAGAGGUGUACUUUCUUCCAAUGUCUUUGAUUUUUAUGUAAGGGAAAACCACGCGUGCGCGAUGCAUUAACAAUGCAUCACUACCUCGAGAGCGAGAAAAAGUAGGAAUGUUAUGUAAAUAUGUACAAGGCUAGCUGAAAAAUGAAUAGCUAUAGUUAUUACUACGACAAAAUGUGACGACAUAUGGUACAAUUCUUACCAAAUGUACUGUUUUUUUUAUUAUCUUCAAUUUUCUUUUAAACGAUCUGUCUCACUCAAGUUCAAGUUCAAGAAAGAGGAAACUACAUCUAAUAUUAUAAUUUGUUCUCAGCCAAUGGCAAUUCAAAGGAAACAAGUAUAUUAAUAUUUCAAAGGAAGCUUUUUUCUAGCUUUUUCGAUGCAGUUCUAAACAAAUAUGAAAAAAAAUAAGGUGAUUCAUUUAAAUUUUACCUUUAUCUUAUCGAAGUCGUAUCUCAGACGGACCUGUCAAAUUUUGCGACGGUAAAUAAGUUAGAGAAGUUUUUUUACGUCUAUUGUAAUCGUUUUUCCGUCUGGAAGCUUAAGAGUAGAGUCCCUGUCGUCUAAUUCAAGAACAUCAGUUCCAAAGGAAAAGAAAAUUGACGCAAGAUACGACGUAAAAUUGAAGGCAAAAUUGAAGAAUCUUAAGCUUUAGAGUGGUGUCAAGGAUUUCUGUUCGCAAAAAGAGGACCAAUUACUAUAAGUCGUUUACGAAAACUUAAGGAAUGGCGCCUUCUUCCUAUGAUGAAACGCUCGAUAUAAAAACUAAUAACAACUGCGUAUUUUCACUUCAAUCCCAGCGAAAAGGUUGAUGAAAUUUGCUGUUUUGGAAUAUGCUUUGAAUCACAGAUAAUCAUAUUUAAACAAAAUUUUCCAAUAGGGUCAAGGGAAUUUUAAGCCAAAGUGUUAAAUAAUUUACAAAAUCAAAAUAUAAAAAUAAGCGCGCGAUACGAAGGACUACGGUCCUCAUACAACAAACUGAACCAGAGUUAAAAAUCCAAAAUAUCGCGUCGCCAAAGACAAAAUACGGCUAGGAGCUUCAGAUUUGUGACAUUUCAUGUUUUUCAUUCUAAGUGGGCGGCAAAUUUCAUUUCAUCGUCUUCGUUUGGAAUUAGUUUCUCCUGAUCCAAUGAAGCGAAUAGAACUUUUUACAUUUUAGUAAUUAUGCCUUCACACCUUUCUCGGAGAAAUUAUUAGUCGCUGCCAGAAAUUUCCAUUGGCCACAGGUCGCUUCAAAUUGCCUCUGACUCCUUGACGGCAUUAAUUCAAUUAAAUGCGUAGUGUACUUACUCGAACUAAACGGUUCUUUCAGUGUUGAUGUUUUCUCGACAAAAUCAAAAACAUGCAUGAAUUAGGCAUUGGGCACGAAGCUUGUCCUGUUCGUCAUGACGCGCGCUUCCUGUCUCCCGUUGAAAAAGGGAGCGUUUAGUUUCUCGACCAACCGCGUGUUCACUUUGCUUGAAAACGACGGAAGCGACAGCAGCGUAACUCUUCAGCAUCUAGGAGAAAGCUUCUCUGAACCAUCUUUAACGAAAGCGCGGUCCAGCGUCAAGAAAGCGAGGGUAUGUAAACGAGCCUGGCCUUAUUUUAUUUGAUCAGCUCACUUGUAUUUUGAAUUACAACACAUGAAAAGUGAUAACACAUUUCCAUUAAAAAAAAGAAACUGAACGAAUUCCACAUGAAGAGAACUUCGUACCCAGCUUGACCUCGUAUACAUCAUACGUUUAGUUGUCGACACUGAUUGUUCGACAUGAAGAUUUCUUCAUGAAACAGUGUGCGCCGACAUGAGGCAAUUUGUCGGUUAUGAAACUUUUAUGACAUUUGUGUCCUAAUUGUAACCUUACCAGAUGUGUUAUUAUUAUUAUGAUUUGCUUCUAUCUUUGUUCUUUAGAGAUUCGACCUUCUCUUGUAUUAUACUUUCUAAUUUAUUCAUAACUCGGGUAAUUUUUUGAAGUGAGUUCCGUGGUCGCAAAAGCUUCUCCUUCUUUUACAAGCUCACUGGUCCACCGUCGACGGCACGUGAAUCAACCUUGGUUUUAAUAUCUUUCAGGGUAAUUUCGCUGUUUAGUUGUUGUUAAAGUCUGACUUUUGCUAAUGACGCAAACAUAAAAAACUUAAACAUUGAAAAUGCAAGCACGGAAAUCGAAUGUUUUGAUUGUUAAGAACGCACCAAGUUUCUUGACAUUGGCACUUGUGUCGCUCGAAGGAAUAAUGAAACAUAUAUCUUGACCUUUCAAGAAAUCAAAUUAAGACAUUUCUAACGUUUGAAGGUUUCUUUUUUCCCGACCUGUACCAAACACCCGAUUUGAGAGAGAACCAGUUUGGAAUGAGUUUCAAAAUAAGGAAAGGAAAACACUUUUUCAAAUGUACGUUUUCAAAUAAAAAAAAUGAAUUUUUUUUUUCAAACAAAUAACUGCGCGAAUAAUCAUAAGUUUAGCUAGAUUUUUCUUCAAUUAGGAAACUUUAUCUCCACUUACAUCCAUCAACUUAGACAUGUUGUGAGCGUGAUGAAGAUAUCCUUCCCUUGUCAACUUUUAAUGGACAGUAAUUUAAAUAAGCAAAAAAACAAAAAUUAAACGUAAAAAAUUCGAUUCUUCCAUAGUUUUUCACUUGAUUUUGUGUCGCUUCUAGAUCGUUUUCCAGCGGAAGAUACACCACGAGAGGGGUAGCCUUUGACGGAAAUUUUUAAUUGAUUAUUUUUGCGGUUUGAUUUAUUAACGACGGUUAACCAUAAUAUCUGAUGAAAAUGAAAAAACAAGAAAAUGAAUUUCCCUGGGUGGCAUAAAACUUCAAAUAGCUGAUCAGAAGUAGUGAUGUAAGAUGGCAUUCAGAAAAAAGUCUUCAAUAAGACUCGGCAAUAAGGGUUUGGAUCCUUUUUAUGAGGCAAGUAUCACGAAAUGAAAGCAUACUGAAAGAUUAGUGGCAGGCCAAAGAGGAUUUAAGGAAAGAAAAGAAAAUUAAGAGUAGAAGAUUAAGUUGCAGACAUGUUAAUCUAUGUCGUUGUUGAAGCUCCUUAAGAAACAGUGGUAUGUGUUUGAUGCAUAACUUGUUUCAAACACUCUCCCGUAAACGAAAGUCACUUUAGGAAUAUUCCUAAACCUUUUGGCGUUUGUCGUUUAGGGGUCGAUGAGUUCAUCGAGCGAGAUCUCUUUCCCACCUUACGAAGUCGUUCCUGCUACUCGGCCUAUCAUCGUCAUCGGGCCUUCGCUCCGAGGAUACGAGGUAAGUGUGUAUACUGCCUUCGAAUUAAAACGGGGCGUCCGAACUUUCGCGACGAAAAUUGACGAAAGCACAAAAAGACCUAACACACUAGGCUGCGAUUUAAAAGGACACACGCAUCACGGUGCUCUGUCUGAUACUAUGGUUCUGCUGCCGCCUCAAAUGGCCUUUCUUUUUCCUGUCAAAUUUAGAGCACUUGUAAUGAGGUUUCCAUCAGCUUGCCAUGACCUUUGAAGGUGGCACUUUUGUGGUACAGUGUUUUGGGAAGCACUUUUGUGAUCUUUCUGGGUCGCAAGACCCAGCAUCACUUUGUCAAGAAAAUGCAAAAGCAAUCGUAGCUUUAGUGCGCAUUUUAUGUAGGCGGCAAAAACAUGUUAUUUCUCACGAGUUAAACUUAAGGUUAAUCAACCUUUAAGGUGGACUUUGAGACAAUACCUAGGACAUAAGUCAGAAAAUUAGAAAACUGGAUUUUACCUGAAAAUAAUCCGGUAGAGUUGGCCUAAAAGCCCAUGACUCAAUUGUAUUCAGGGAGCUUACACAUACUUAAACACCGAUUUAGGCGAUGUUCUUUACUAUUGCGUAAUAUUUUUCUUGGAAAUAAAAAAAAAUACAAGUUAACAUGUUUACUUCUGUCACUUUUGCAGGUUACUGAUCUUAUGCAUAGAGCUCUCUACAACUUUUUGAAGAAGAGAUUUAGUGGAAAGUAAGUCAAUAAUUUGCCAAACCAAAUUAUCAUAACUAAGCUACCAGGAAAUGUGUAACGGUUAGAGUUAGGAGAGAAUUAACAAUCAGAUCUUAGGAGAUGAAAUUUUAAAUGGCUGCCACCCUCUUAAGUGGCAACUGUGGCGUUGAACUACUUUCUUGGAUAUUUUCCGAGGAAUUUCACUGUCAAAUUGCGGUCAACAUUUCAUUUAACUUAAGACGCCUUUCGGGAAAAUGACACUGGAAAUGCUCAGUGGUAGCAUUUUAGAUUUUAAAACAUCAGUCUUACAAAUAGAAUCACCACCAGGUUUGGUUCUGUUUUGUUCAUUUAAAAUGAAACAACAAUCAAAUAAAAACAAACACAACAACAAGCUUUGAUUCUAUUAGACUCUCAUACUAUGAAACUUUUCUGAGCUGUUGCGGAACAAAUUUGAAAACCAAUAAAAUUACUAACAUAUCACUUGUUUUUACAGAAUAUCAGUGUAUAGAACUCAUGCAGACAUUGGUUUGUCAAAGCGAUCAAAGAAUAAUCCCUCAGAGAAAGAAAGAUUUAAUAUCACAAAGACAGGAGGUCCACGAAUGACAGGUAAAUUUACCAGAACAACUCGUGAAGGGAAAGUUAAAAAGUACCAUACUUCAAUAAAGUAAAAUGAGGUUGAUACCCUCGUGAAAUGCGGUUAUGUUCUUAAACCCAUCUUGCUACCAUACGUUUGUUAAAAUAAUCGCUCAAAGCAAGCUCCUUUUCAAAAUUUCAACAGCCGAAGUGCAGAAAGAAGUAGAGCGUAUAUAUGAAUUAACAAAGGGUCUUAACAUGGUUGUGAUCGACUGCGAUGCCAUCAAUCAUCCGUCCCAGCUAUUGGACUGCUCGCUGGCGCCAAUCGCUGUAUACAUCAAAAUGGAACCACAGAUUCUGGAAAAACUUGUCAAGCUACGCGGAUCUAAACGAAAAAACCUUGGUGCUCAAGUCGUUGCUGCUCAGAAGUUGGCACAGUGUAACGAGGUGAGACAGAUUUUAGUUGCCUCCAAACAGUUUUCAGCUCUUUCUUUUUUUCUUUCUCUCACUGUACUACGAUGACGGUGUGCAACGUAAUUCUCCACAACAGGUUGAGGGAAUAUGUAGGUGGCUGAAAGGCUUCUUCAUAUUCGAGUAUGCAAGCUGUAGAAAGGAUAUAACUUUCUAAAACGCUCUUAACGCUUUGACCCUAAGAGUGACUAGCAUCCAGUUUCUCCUUAAGGUCACAGGAAUAAAGCAAAUGAUCACCAACUAAAGAAGAUCUUGCUUGUUAAACAAAGUCUCCUUGUUUACAACUUAGAAAAUGUAUGAAGAACAGCAUGGAAAAUAUCUAUACUGACAUUGGGGUGUAAAGGAUUAAUGAUAGGUGCCUAUGACUCAAACCUUCAAUCUACCACUCUGAUUUUCACUAUCAAGUAAUGAUAUACUUUCUUAAGAUACAUCUUUCGUAAACUUAACAAAACUGUGCGAAGGGGUUUCAAGUCACCUACAAUUUCUUAAAAUAUUAAUGUAGCUCUAGACGUUACCAGUGUGUAUUUGCAUUAAUUCUUUUCAUAUUUCAUGCAGGAAAUGUUUGACUUGGUUCUUGAUGAGGCCAUCUUUGAGGACGCUUGCGAGCACCUAGGGGAGUUUUUAGACCAGUAUUGGAGGGACCUGCACCCGAAUGAUUGUGAGGACGGAGCAGCGUCUUUAUCAGAGAAGAUGCCUCUGCUCCAGGGACCCAGUCGAGUUCCUGCUUUAAAGGUACCUAUCUAAAUCGCAUGACACAUAUCACAACCGCUCUUAAGGGUCCCUGGGUCCCUAUUAAUUUCCAGGGCGUGGAGCUUAACGGGCUGGAAAUUGGAAAGUCUCUAAGCACGUGGAACAACAUUAUGCCAAAGCGCCGAUGGAUGAAUCAUUGACUCGGCGUGAUACCGCUUGCCAUUAAAACACAAAGGUGCUCUUCUAGGAUCAAAUGUCGUUAACACUUUCUUUCAUGCGCUCAAACAGCUUUCUCGAAAUGUUUAGCAAACAAGAAUGAUCCUUACUCGGAAACGUUUGCUAGAGGAUAUUUUAUCCACUCGCAAACAGUCAAAAACACUCGCAUUUUGUGGAUACGCGGGCGCUGAUUUCGAGUCCUGGUUUUAGGCCUAAAUUCCGUGAUAUUAGGGCGCUUUUCGACUGAGUGUCGUAACACCAAAACCAAAGUUAUCACGACGACCAAUCAGAAGAAAGGAAAACUUUCUUAAGAACCAAUGAGAACUCAAACUAAAAUCCAGCAAAUUUCCCAAAGCGCAGGAAAAUGCAAGAAACCACGUCGCGACUGGAUUUAAUCUUGCGUCGUUAACUUACAAUCUAUGUUUCAGGGUGCACAGGGUUUAGCCAAAAGCCAGCAAGGACAGUCACCUCUACAGAGUUUCGCUGGUGGAAAACAAGGCUCUCCAUUGAAAGGCGCACAGCAACAAGGUGGACAGAGGGAGAGACAAGGCACCAGUGGCUCUCAAACAAACCAAAGGAAAAUAGCGGUGAGUGGCAAUGCGCCAGAUUUUGGUAAGAAACUCCAUGAAGCUUUCCAGAGUUCGCAGUCUCAUAAAACCUCUGAGCCCGAGUAUCAAUCAAGUUACGGUCAAGAACCACCCUACGAUCAACAUCAACAACUUCAGCAACAGUACUAUGGCCAGGGGGAGCAUUACGAGCAGGAGCAACAUUAUGGGUCGGAAAUGUACGGGCACCAACAAGGUUACACUACUGAACCCUAUCACCAGGGGUACCAACAGCAGUAUAGUCAUGACGGCCAUUACGGCUAUGAACAAUAUGGGCAGGACCCUAAUCAGGGGUACUCUCACGGGUAUGAGAACCAGUACCCUGACUCCUAUUACAACAGGGAUGUCAGUAUGGGGUACCAACAGCAAUACAGACAUGAAAUGGAUAGUCCUUAUCAACAACAACAACAACAACAACAACAACAGCAAGAGUGGUAUGGUGACUCAAGCAACUAUUACGGAGGAGAUGGCUACUAUCAGUAAUAUAUUAUUGUAGAACAGUGUCACAUCAACAGCGAACACUCUCAAUUUAACCACUGAAUUAAAAUUUGAUAGCCUACCGAGCUAUUUGUAGAGAAUUUGCAAUACCUGAAACCAAUUCAAGGACAAUACUUUCAAGACUUUCUUGAUCAAAGUUGCAAGUUUUGUAUUUGCUUCAGCAUGAUCUUUUCUUAUCAUGCACAGCAGUCUCGUGUUUCUCACGUGAUGCAAAAUGAGAUGACACUUGCAUGCUUUAUAGCACUUAAUUGACGGCAUGAAAUCACACUUGACAAAGUUAUAGCAGGAGAGUUUAUAAAAUCAAUGUUGAUGGCAUUUCCAUCAAAGCAGAGAACUUGUUUAGCUGCCAAAAUAUGCUUGCUAAAGAGUUGUCUUAGCUACUAUGGGAGAACUUCACAAAUGUAUACAAUGUAUGACUUGAUUAUCCCAAGAAAAGAAAGAAGUUCACUGUUUUGAUCACAUUUUAGACUAGUUAUCUCAAACUUAAAUCCCAAUAACUAGGAUGAAAACCAUGGACAAGUCAUUUUUGACUUGCUACACACAGUAAAUUUUGUUAGCUCUAGCUGGUCUUAUUUAUGUGUAACUAACCUAUAAAACUAUGCUGAGCCAAACUCUCUUAUCACAAAAUAGGGUUGUAAAAAAUAUUAGAAGAGUAGGCAGCACUACAGGUUGAAGGUCUCUCUACAGGCAUGGGCUCUGGGAGCUGCAAGACCUCAAAGAAUUCAGAAUGGCUGGCUCAUUUUUCAGAGUAGACCAUGAAGUACACUGGUUGCCCUAUUAUUUCAACAACCGUGAAAGAGUAAUCUGUAGUGUUAAAUAGCCAAAAAUAUUCAGGAGAUUUUUGAAUGUAUAGAACUUACAAUUUGAACUGAAGAGUAAGGACCAGUGCACUGCUACAGAUGAAAACCCUAUUCUGUCUGACUUAAAAAAAUCAGAAUUUUAGUUUACUGAAUAAAAAUCAAUGGCCAGUCUCACACUGCAACAUUUUUUUCAAUCAUUUGCUUUGAACAAUUGAGUAGGAUGGAUCAUACAACAAAUAAUGUUGUCC